CUGAUUCUUUAAUCUGUUUAUCUGCGCUGCUCAGCCAGCGCCCAAAGGCGCAGAGCGUAAAUCUCUAUGGGAACAUUGCGUAAUGUGGUUGCAUAACGUUUCAUCUUCGUGAAAGCCAGGAGCUCAGCUGUUUCCAAGUCAAAAGGUGGUCACACGCUCCACCGCGCAGGUGCGCUCAGUGUCUUCAGUGUUCAUCCACUGCUGCUUUCUGCAUGUCGGUCAUUCAAUGACGAUGAUGAUCUGCAGCAAAACGGGUUAGAAAUCACAACACCUUGUUCACCUUCAUCUCAUUCAGAGGUUGAAAAGUGUCGGAGGAGGAGGAGUUGCAGAGUAAGAUGGCUUUGAUGUAACCUCAUCGUGAGGGUGAACCCUUUUGUUGGGACAAGCCGGCAUUUCUGAUCCGUGGAUUGAUUACGAUGGACCGAGCAGCCGUGUUUUGACCUACAGGAGCAGUUCGGACACUCGAAAAUGCCUGGGGGCCAAUACCAGGUGACCGGCGUGAGGCUGAGCCACAGCCUGUACAGCCUGACGGACAGCUCCGACUGCAGCCCGGAGGACGAGGAGGCCAGCCCCGAGCCGCCCCUCACUCCCCUGCAGAAGCUCACUGCAGACAUGUGCAAGGAUGAGAAGACCAUCAAGGAGCUGAUCAUAGGCCGCAGGGUCGGCUUCUACAAGGUCCGUGGAGAGAUCGGCUAUGGGACCUUCUCCAGGGUCAAGCUGGCUUUCCACGCGCUGACUCGAGACAAGGUAGCCCUGAAGAUCCUGGACAGGAUGAGGCUGGACGCUCAGGCCCAGCGCCUGCUCUCCAGGGAGAUCAACAGCAUGGAGGCCCUGCAGCAUCCCAACAUCGUCCGUCUGUACGAGGUGGUGGAGACGCCGAGCCGCCUCUACCUGGUGCUGGAGUACGCCGGCGGGGGAGACCUGCACAACCGCAUCUGCAGUGAAGGCAAACUGUGCGACAACACCAGCAAGGUCACCUUCGCCCAGGUCCUCUCCGCCAUCAAAUACAUGCACAACCUCAGCAUCAUCCACCGGGACCUGAAGGCCGAGAACGUCCUCUUCACCAGCAGCGGCGCCGUCAAGGUGGCCGACUUUGGAUUCAGCACCCGAGUGUCCAACCGCAACCUCGCCCUGGACACCUUCUGCGGCUCCCCCCCCUACGCGGCCCCGGAGCUCUUCAGGGACGAGUCCUACCUGGGCCCCCCCGUGGACGUGUGGGCCAUGGGGGUGCUGCUUUUCUUCAUGGUGACGGGCACCAUGCCGUUUCGCGCCGAAACUAUGGGGAAGCUGCGACGCUGCAUCAUCGAGGGCAACUACACUCUGCCCCCCUGGGUGCCCGGCCCCUGCCAGAGGCUCAUCCGGGGCAUCCUGAAGCCGGCCCCCGCUGAGCGCUACGCCAUCGACCAGAUGCUGGGCUGUGAUUGGCUCCUGCCUGUGGAGUUUCCCUGGUCGUUGGUGCCUCCGGAGCCGACCAACGCUUUGCAGCGCCUCCUGGACUCGGAGCGCAGCAGCAGCGUGGAGGCGGAGCUUCACGAGGAGGUGAGGAGCUCGCUGCAGGAGCUGGGCUUCACCUCCGAGCACCUUCAGAACAACCAGCUGACGGACAGCCGGAGCCCCGUCACCGGGGUGUACCGGAUCCUGCUGCACCGCUCCCAGAAGAGGAGAGGCUGCGACUGUCCGCCCGUGGUCCGCGGGAUGGUGAGGGACCCCAAGAGGGAGGGGCUCCGGGCCUACAGGGGCCUCCGACACACCUCUAAGUUCUGUGUGAUCUCCUAGCGGUGGAACUUCAAGCUAUGCGCUCACGGCCGUUUGACGCUCAAGAACCCGCAUCAGACAGAGGUGUUCACACUGGACACACAGGGAGGGGCUUCUACUGUUUCGACCGUGUACUAGCGCUCUUCCGCCACCUACAGGUGGAAGAGGCUUGGUGCAAAAUGUCCCAAGUAGGUCAAUUGUCAUGAAUCUGAGCAAUUUUCAAACGGUUGGCACUUCCCCGUGAUUUAACAGGGACGCCAUCCACAUGUCACGACCACGUUUGAGUCUUGCUUGGUCAAAGUUGGACCUGGUCUGACUUUAUCGCGCAUUCAGUGACCGUGCAUUUUGUACGUAGAGCCAAAAAAAACGCUCGUAAAAACUUGAGUAUGGAUGCAAAAGCCCAAAACUCGGGUUAACGUACAUUAACAGAGACUUUUCGUUGAAAGUGAGUAAACAUCAACGACAGUCGACGCGGGCGUUCAAGAACGCGCUAAAUGCGGUUUCGUGCUAGCGCUCGUCCGCCUCCUACAGUGGGAUGAAGCUUGACGUGAAACGUUGAAGUCUGGCUCCCCGGCUUUUUCUUUCAUAGCUUUAUUCCGAAAGACUUGGUGUCGGAGAGUUCCGGCCGGCAGAAAAAGUGCAAACAUUCUUUGUGAUCGUGCACUUCCGUGUUUUGAAAAGACUCCGCCCACACGUCACUACCAAAUCCGUCUCCAUCGCAUUUCAGCGGUGUCGCGUUUUAGCAGCCAAGAAGUUCAACCAAUCAUUGAGCGCCCCUUUAGUGGGUGGGUGGAGCCUGCAACCGGACAAAAAAACGCAAAAACCCGAACUACGGGUUGACGUGUGUUUACGUAGACUUGCUUGCGAGUCGAUGCGGCCGCUGUGGACGCACCUUUCCAAAGGCCUUUGAUUGGAAGCGGUGGUUGCCGAGGGCGAUGUGAGCGUAGCUUCAGGGCGCUGCAACCUGCAGAGGCUCGUUGGUGGAGAGGAGACCCUGAACCGCGAUGUUCCUCCAAAAGUGGAGUUUGGGUCAGAAAGAAACCCAAACAGAAACUUCCGUGUGCAGCGGGUUCAGCGUUCUAAAAAGCUGUUUGGACCACAAAUCAAAGAUCAGACCUUAGCUAGACCCUGAACUUCCAGUGUCACAGUCAGUUUCUGGCAGAGCCAUCGGUCCAAUGGUUCCUCCUAAGGCUGCCCCCAUUCACCCCCCCUUCCUGAAAGUGCCUGAUGAAAUAAAGUGGAUGCAGACUUUU